GCCACAGAGUGUUUCCAAAGGGCAUUGGCAGAAGACGAAGCCAAUGGGGAAUUUCUUGCUGGGUCGGCAAUCGCAGCCUUCGCCUCGUACACUCACUCACGUGAUUUUGAAUACAAGUCAGAUGCCAAAAAGAAGUUGAGCGCCAUUAUCCAGGAAGAGCCGCAAAACUAUGAAGCUAAGAUGUAUUUAGCCAAGAUCCUUGAGAGGCGGGAUAGACCCCAGGCAGAAGCCCUGGUCGAAGAUGUUGUUCGGAAUAGCCGGGACCCCGAGGUCCUGAGAAAUGCAGCCAAGUUCUUUCAAGGAGAGGUCCCAGAAAAAGCAAUUGCUAUUCUAGAGCGAGCAAUCUCUCUGGACCCCACUUAUCACCUCCCUCACUAUGACCUGGCUCGUUGCUACAAGGAACAGCUGGCAGUGGCUGACACGGGCAAGAGAGAAGAAAUCUUGGCAGCGGCUACAGAGGCCUUCAAGAUGGCUGUGCAGAAAGAUCCCGCCUUUGUGUUUGCAAAGCUGGCGCUUGCUGAAAUGUACGGAGAAAAGACACCUGAGUACCAAGAGGAGAUUUACCUCAACCUCCUGAGCGAGGUGUCCACCCUCAGCAAGAGGUGCCAGCAGGCCGUCUACCUUCACUGGGGGGACUUUCUCCUCUACACGCGGGAGUCCCUGCCCGAGGCAGCUGAGAUUUACAAAGCCGGUUUUGCCAUCGCAAGCACCACCCAGGAGAAAAAAACACUGAGAAAUAGGCUGCAAGAGGUGGCAGACGUAUUCCGGCAGCGCUCCCAGACCACUGAGGCUGCAGCCAUACAGCAUGUCCUGGAACGGUACGGAAGUCCCUGGUACAAGAAGAAAUCCACCCGUGGCCGGAGCAGGAGACUGUCGAUGUAGUGAAAAUAGAGGAAUCCACCAGCAGCGCGGGACUCCUGCAUUUGGAGAGGCCCCCUCACACUGCCCCCUGCUCCUCUCCAAGGCCCCACCCUGCUCAGCCUCCUCCCCAGGGCCCCACCCACACUGCCCCCUGCUCCGACCCAAGCUCUGCUCCCUCCCUCCCCGCCCUGCCAUUCUGACCUGUCUGCCUACUUCCCCCCUCCCUGUCACUCAGGCCUCAGGGUGGUCCUUGGGGGAGGGGCAGUGCAGGGGAGGCUGUGGGGGGAGAGAAGGAGCCAGUCGGGCCUCGGUGGCAGAGCGCGGGAGGGUCCACCGCCCGGGCACCCUUCCAGCAGUAGCAGCCUUGGGACCCUCCCCCACCCCAGUGUGUUCCCUCUGCAACACAUCUCCCUGUGCACCCCGGUGAGAUCUGCCUCUGGCUCUGUGCACCCUGCCUGCAGCCAGCAACGCGGACAGUUCCCUCACUGAUGCAGUACACACACCCACCCACUCAGAUACACACUCAUACUCACACACACAUACACACUCAUUCACACACAGACAGACGUGCACACAGAGACACACACAAACAGACUCUCAGCGACACAAACACAGAGCACACGCAUAAGCUAUUUCGAAAUAAGCUAUGCAAUUUGCGUAGCUUGUCCCGGGUGCUGGGUAGACACAUCCCAACAGAGAUACUGAUUAGAAGUGUAUAAGAGUCCUUAGCGCCUGUCAUAACCAGGAGAGUUGACCAGUAGCCUCGUGGCUAAAGGGCUUACCUAGCCAGGUAUCUGGUCAGCCGAUAGUAAUGCAAGUAGGGAUUUCAAACUGGAACAAAGAAAUUUUUAUC